GCGCAGCAAAAUUAUAAUUCUCACCACUCCGCACUACGCCCAAUUGAAUCGUAUUUUGUAGCCUUCACACAAAAAAUCAAAAAUUUCGUUGCCAGUUUCCCUGCUGCUUUGCUUGAGUGCUUGGUUAAGGCGAGGUUGUCGGUUCGUUUCCGCAUCAUUCUCUCUUUCUUAUCCCCCAAUUUGCACAGGCAUCAUUGUGUUCAUUUGCUGCCCUUUUUGUUUAAUACACGUAGAACUCAAUAUAUAUAUAUAUAUAUAUAUAUAUUCCUCUGCAAACGAGCACACGCUCUUGUCACAGAGGAACAGCUUUGCUUCUACUUGACUGGCACCUGAGUUAAUUUGCCUUUGUAAUUCAAGAGCUUCAUAAAGGAAUCUCAGAGUAAGCAUAUUUAAAACAAACCAAAAACUGUCUUUCGAAAUUAUCUUCUUUUUCCUUGAUUAGUAUAUAUAUAUAUAUAUAUUUUUUUUUCUUCUGGUUCUGUUUUGUUUAACCGUUUUACUGCCUUCUCUAGAGCGAGCAGUAAGAAAAAGGAGACGACUGUAAAUAAACGAAAGAGGUGGCUUGGAACUCUUCACACAAAGUUCGUCACCUUUUUCAACUCGUUUUCGCCGUUCUUCUUGAGAAAAAUAACAACAAAAACAAUAUCCUCUUUCGCCCUUGCCGUAACAGACAGUUUCUACUAUAAUCCCCGUACGUCAUUUACGUUUACGUCGACUGUAACAUCUGUUUUUUUUUCUACCUUAAACUCCAGCGUGUUUUACCUUCACUUUUUAUUUUUUUUUAAUUAUUCGGCUCAGAAAUACGUUGUUGUCGUCCAAAUUAGUGUUUCUUCUUCUAAAUACUGUCUUCGUUUUACUACAGGUAUUAAUUACAUGUGUGCUUUUCUCUCGUCGUUUAUUACAGCCAAGCUUGCUUUUUAGUAAUUCUCUACUUUGAUCUUUCCUCGCUUUUCUUUUAUUCAUCAAAACAAACAAACAAAAAGAAGAGUACCAGCAACAAAAUAAAAGAGAGAGAGAGAAUUUCGGACCUGUAAGGCAUCAGCAGCGGUAGAGCGAGUUACGCCGUACACGCACAACCCCUUCAAAAGAAGUGUUCCUCGUUUUUUUGUUGUUGUUGUGGUUGAUCAUUUCGUUCGUUUUCCAGUUGUAAUCGACCGAGAUAAUUCUUUUCCUGACGUUCCAAAGUCACGCAUCAAAAAAAAAAAGAACACCAAACUGUGCGCUGCAUCCUUUCUGACACAGUUGUAACUUGAGAGAGAGAAAAAAGAAGGAUAAAGCGCGGAUAAAGUAUCAUCUGCGAAUAGUGGCGUAUUUCCAUAAACUCCAAAAGUCAGUUCCGAAAGCGUUGACUGUCACAAGGCCAGACGCUGGAGAAGUUAUGUCGAAAGAGACCAUUUCUGAGGACGAGCCCAUCUUUCAUUCCAACGACGACGGUUCUCGCCGGCUGGAUCUCGCCAGCACCCCCAGCGGCCCACGCGUUGCGGACGCCAGUGUCAAGGGCAAAGUCCCUCCGCCGCUUCCGUUUCUAAGUGGCACUUCCCCAGCCCAGGACUGCGAAACCCCCGCUACGCUGUCGGCUGCUGCAGAUCCGAUCGGCAAGCGCAAGUCCGCGUUUCACUUCAACAACGAUAGCAUGGAUAAGCCCCUCGCCGCGGAGUCGUCCGUCACCCGGUCAAAGUCGAUCUCUGGAGCCACAGGUGCGCCCGGCAACCACCUCGCCAAGAACGUGGAACCCGACUCCUCCUGCAGCGACGACGAUGUCUCUCUAGACAGCUACGGCAUCCCGCGCUACGAGGUGCGCUACCCGGACGGCGGCCAAGGCUCGCACGGUGACGUGAGUGUGCCGUGGAACCUGCGCCCCCCGCAGCGCCGCAUGAACUGCACCUUCUUCGACUCCCUCCGCACCCCGCAGUUCUGGCGCCAGUUUGAGUUUGCCACCCGUAUUACGGCGGUGGCGGUGCUGGUGCCCGGUGCGCUGAUCGCCGCGGACCUGCCCGGCAGCCCUUUUGUCUCCACCUUCAUGGUCUUCUCCUCGACGGUGCUCGCGGCGAAGCGGACGAGUGGUGAGGCGGUGGCGUACAUCUUCAGUUGGAUCCGUGCGGGCUGCUUUUGGCUGCCUCUGGCUGCCAUCGCCGGUGCGCUAAACCUCGGCCACCACAUGGCGGGCUGGUGCAUCUACUACACCUUCUGUCUCUUCAUCAUGGCCGCCUUCACCGAAGGCAUCCAGCGUCGUAUUUGUCUGUUGCUCUUCAACAGUUGUACGGUGGGCUUUCUGGUGAACCCGAGCCGCAACGCCCUCUAUCCGUGUCGUGUAAUGGUGGACUGGUCGAUCGGCACAGCGCUCUGCGUCGUCGCGGCCUUCUUCCCCUAUCCGCUCUUCUGCAAGCGGGAGGCGCAGCGGCUGCUGCGAGACAUCGCCCGCAACACCGCCACCGCCUACCGCGGGCUCGUCUACUCCUUCUGGAGUCUGUCCAACGUGGAGCGCAACAUGGCGAUGUCGAAGGUGCACCUCAUGACCGACUCGCUGGAUGAGCUGCUGCCGCUCUUUGAGCACUACCAGAGCUUCUCCUUUUACGAGUUCUUCUUUGAGACGCCGGAGGUGCGCGACAUUCGCGCCUUGAAGUUCUCCUUGUUUGAGCGGCUGCGUAUCAACCUCAGCAGCAUGACGCGUGUCUUGGACAUGGUCGAGGCCAAACCCAGCGCCAUCGACGACUCCGACCGCUCCAAAGCCUUUGGCGAGCUGCUGAACCCCCACCUGAACGCCGUCGCCGAGGCCUUCGACGAGCUGCUGGACCUGCUCUCCCACGCCAAGACGCGCAGCUCGCUGAUGGACCUGCAGGAGCGCUUCACCUACUUCGCGGACCGCACUGACGAACUGCAGGACGCCUACAAGCUGGCCCGCCGCAUGCUGUUCUACGAGCACACCUCCGACGUUUUGGAGGAGUUCGUGCCCCUCAUGACGUUCUACCUCUUCACCGUCGUGUGCGUGCGCGACACGGUGGACAUCUUCAAGACGAAGGUAAACGGUUACAAGCCCAGCGUCGUGGGCACGAUGAAGCAGAUUUUCAUAAAGACGACGUGGGAGCCUUUUAUGGAGAACGUCAACUUCGUACGGACCCUCUUCAAGCGGUGGAACCGCCGCGAGGUUCAGCGCGUCAUCGAGGCAGCCAAGGUGAGCGGUGCAAUGAUAUUGACCAUCGGCUUCUCCUAUCUGAUCAAGAUCGACAUGCCCUCCUUCUCCGGUCCGAACAUCAUUGCCUUCGUGUCGGGCUCGAACCCGGUGGAGGCGGUGCAGGAGUCGAUUGUCCGUCUCACCGGUUGCCUACUCGGUACGGUGCUGGGCUUCUUCGCCGGCACGUACUCCAAGACACCGGUGCAGCGCGUCGCGUCCCUUUGCACGCUCAUGUUCUGCGGUACCUUUCUACGCUUCGAUAAGGAGUACGGUAUCAUGGCCAUCUACGGUAUGUUCGUUCUCAUCCCCCUCGACUCGAUUACGCCGACGACGAUGGAUGACACAGUGCAGCGCAUGAACCAGAACACCUUCGGCAUCUUUAUCUACCUCUUCGUCAGCGCCCUCGUCCUGCCGCUGUCGCCAAGUCUCAUUCUGCGCGCGAAACGCAGCAACGUGCUGCGCUGCAUGAGCAACACGAUCACGAGCAUGAUGGAGCUCUUCUCGGUGCCGUUGGUCACCGAUCUCAAGACGGCGCCAUUCCGGACGCAAAUGGACGACACGGAUGACGAUCCGCCGACGCAAGGGGCGUCGACAAACGAGCACGCGCCGCCGCACCGGCAGCUGUCCAACUGCUCCGUUCACAUGAUGUCCAAGACGGACACGGCGCUACAGGAGAUUGACAAGCAGCUCGCCGACGUGCUGCGCCGUCUGAAAGGGACAAAGGACGUCAUGAAGUUCGCGCGCGACGAGCGGACGUUGGUGGAGGUGGACUACCCGAUCAAAUCGUGCGAGCAGACUUACACCCACAUGUACCGCAUGGCCAUGCUGCUCAAGACGAUGUGGAUGAGCUGGAACGUCAUUCGCAGCCAGCGCGUCUACACGGCGGACACGCGGCACAUGAUGCGCAAUCUGCAACCCGUCGCCCGCGACGUUGCCGGCGCCUUCCAGCGCUUUGUUGACUUGAUGUGCUACAUGAUGCGCGAGCCUGCGAUUAAUCUGGAGGGCGAAAUCAUGAAGGCGGUGCUCGACCUCAUCGAAGCCUGUGACGUGCUGCAUCGCCGCAAGAGCCAGAUCAUGCUGAUGCUCAUCAACCAGUCCGUACACGAUUACAUAGAAAAUUUGGACCCCAACGACCCUCUCUUCCAGCGCGACCAGCCCUCGGCGACGGACCAGCCGCUACAGCCCGACCUGAGCGAGAGGCAGCACUCACACCACCACACGCACGGCAGCAUCGACCUCGAGCACAGCCACCGCCAGCACACCGGCUUCGACUUUCAGCACGCGUCGCGCCGCGCCGGCCUGCCGCGCUCCCACACCUUUGACAACGGCUUCCACCACUUCACUCCCAUCGGCUCCCCGUCCACGCAGGGCUACAGCUUCCAGGUACUCGCCUCGGAGCGCAACGUCUCGGUGACGCCCUUCCUGCCCAAGACGAGUCCUUCGACGUCUGCCAAGAGGGAGGCGUGCUCUCCUACCGGCCCGGUGCGCCUGCCCUCGACCUUUGUCUUCCCGGUCACCUCCGAGGACGCGGAGGGUAUGCACUCCUUCACCCUGUCGCUGGAGGUGUUCGCCAACGAGACGAAGCUGUUAAUGAUGAGCCUUGGUGCGAUGCUGGACAACUUGCGCUCGAAGUUGUAA